AUGCUAAGCUUUUCGUCGAUAAUCGGUAAGUACACAAUACAACAAAUACACUUUUUGGAAGAAUUAAUCGUUAUAUCUUCUCAGCCUAGCUUUUUUUGCAAGGCUUCAGUGUCUAAAAUUUUAUGAAAGAGCAAAUUCUGAUAUUCCAAUACAGUAUAAACACCAGGCUGAGAUUUUGCAAAAAAGCACAUUUUUUUAUUAAGAACAAAACCAGCCUGGAAAUAUAAGGUGUUCUUUUAGAAUGGAAAAGCAGAAAAAUACAGAUAAUCAAGCAUUGUUUUUAUCUAGUAUUAAGUCUGAUUUUCUUUAUUGCUGGCUAAAAUUUAAUAUAUAAUGUAUGAACAAUAAAUAUGUCAGUAUGUGUACUUAUUCUUUUAUAUUGAACCUCAACUUACAAAUAAUGCUUAGUUUUCUUUCAAUUUCUUUUUUUUUUUACCUCUUUCAACCUCAAAAUGAUUUAUUUCUAGCCAAAGAUAAUAAUAAUUAUUUUUGACGGGGGAAGAGGGGAUUUUGGACCUUCCUGAGGUCAAGGGUUUCUUAACAGUUGAUCUGAUGUUUUUUUUAACUUCUUCUUAAGUAUUGCAGAGGAUGUACUUGAUGAUAUUAACAAAGAGAGCAUCCGUGAAAUUGGAAUAACUGCUGUGGGAGACAUUCUGCUCAUUUUAAAACAUAUUAAGGUACAGUACAUACUUAUUAAAGAACUGUGUUAGAUGUUUGUCAUUAUUAGAUGUUGUAUCAUAUCAUUUUUUUUAUCCUGAUUAUGUUUCAUGGGCCAUUCUGCAGUUUUGUGCCUUUUUAUUAUAUUAGAAAAUUACCCAGAACUCCCAUGAUGAUGUACAUUUGUUUCUUGCUUGGUGUGACAGGUUCUGUGUUCUAGUGCAUUAACUCUGUCUCCAUAAAGAAUCACAUUGCCAUAUUAAUCCGUUAGUGGUUGUUCCCUAGUGUAAUUAAAUAUUUUUUUGUGUUCUGAUUACUUUCAUUGUACUAAAAUUCAGAUGUACUAAAAUUUUCACUUCUAAUGCCUUGGGUUCCUUUUUCCUUAUCUUGCAGAUGAUGCUAUUAUUGGUUCUUGUAUUGCGUGCAGCAACAAGGCAGACCUUGCUUGUUCAGCCGCAUGUAGCGACACAUACUGUCUAGACUGCCUUGGGUUAAAACACCCUCCACCCAUGCAAUGGGUUUGUCCCGAGUGUCAGGGUAUGUACCACACAUUUCCAUGAAAAUCAGUAUCAGACAACCAAACAAGGAACACAAUAUGAAAAUGUCUUUAAUAUCAACAUUUAUUAAGACACAACACUAUUAAUUUGCAGAUGAAGAGGUCUUAUACUGUUUAUGUAACCAAGGCGAGUAUGGCCUGAUGGGUGGCUGCGAUGGAGCAGAAUGUAGCGUAGAGUGGUUCCAUCUUCAGUGCGUGGGUCUUAUGGGGAAACCCAAAGCAAAGAAGUGGUUCUGCCCUCUGUGCAAUUGA